CGAUAAUCGUCGAGACUCGGUCGCGCUUUGACAGUCUCGCGAAACGUCGAUCCUGACGAAUGGGCGAGACGCGAGUCAUCGGACACCAGUCUUGAUUCUCUCACGGAGCGACGUGUGUAUACGCGGAGCGCGGUGCCUUGACGAGAGGCGAGCGGACGCUUUUUCGCCUGACCUGGGGCCGACUGGCAGGCGCAAUUCCGGACAGCGGACUGACGCAACUUUCGACUCCGCCGUCGCGUUCGAUCUCGAGCGGGGCAAAGACGAGGGCACCAUACGCAGGAAAAUGUCAAAGAUCGAGGAGGCGAACGAGCACAUACGCCAGGCUGAGAAAGCCUUGAAACCUACUUUCCUGAAGUGGCGACCUGAUUACGAGGUAGCGGCUGACGAGUAUUCACAUGCAGCAACAUGCUUUCGGGUAGCCAAGUCAUAUGCGCAGUGUAAAGAUUGUUUAGUGAAGGCAGCCGACUGUUAUAAACAAAGCAAAGCAUGGUUCCAUGCAGCAAGGAAUAUCGAGCAGGCUCUGCUCGUCUGCAAGGAAAUGGGGGAUCUGUCAGAGAUAGCGAAACUAGCUCACAGUGCCUGCAGUCUUUACCAGCAGCAUGGCUCCCCUGAAUCAGGUGUCACCGUUCUCGACAAGGCAGCCAAGAUGCUGGAAGCUACGCAAUCCCAGCAGGCUCUGGAUCUCUUUAGACGCGCGGUUGAUAUAAUCACGGGCGAGGACAAUCCGCGACACGCAGCGGAGUACAUGAGCAAAGUCGCGAGACUGCUGGUGAAGCUGCAGAUGUAUGACGAGGCGGCGGACGCGAUACGUCGCGAGAUUGGGAUGUAUCAGGAUGUCAAGCUUUGGCAGUCGCUCGGGAGGCUCACCGUCGCGUUGGUGUUGGUGCAAUUGGCGCGAGGCGACCAGGUCGCGGCCGAGAAGGCCUUCAAGGAAUGGGGUAACUACUGCGAGGCCCCCGAAGUGCAAACGUUGGAGAUGCUGCUACAGGCGUACGACAACGAGGACGCGGAUGCGGCUCGGGCGGCUCUUAAUAAUCCCUUUAUCAAGCACAUGGACGUGGAGUACGCCAAGCUAGCGCGAGGCUUGCCCUUGCCGCAACAGGAAUACGCUAUACCGCCCGCUGGAGUAAGAACCAACGCCGCAGAAUCCUACGUUUCUCCCAAUACAUCCAAAGGCGAACAGACUACCGUCGAGGCGGAGGUCAACCACACGAAGAACGAAGCCAGUGAAACUAGUCAAUCAAUGGAUAAGAAGCCGGAAGUCGCAUCACCGCCGAAACCGACGCAAAAGCGGCAGGAAGAGGACGAUUAUGACGAGGGCCUAUGCUAAUCGUCUUUACAUGUAAAAAAAAAGUCCUGUAUUGCUUACAAACUUUUAAUUGUGUAACGCUUGCAUGUAUAUUGAGCGUUUCAUCGAAAGCACCCUGUUCGCUUCGAGAGAAUCUAUCUUUCAGCUUAACUUUCAACAGGAAUGUAACUCUUAGAAUUAUUAGAACGCAAUGCCAAAAUGUGAAAGGGAAUAACACUCCAUACUUUUUUUUAUCUCUUAAAUUUUCACCUAUGUGUCAAUCGAUUUAAUUCACUUAUUAAUAACUUUUCCUCUCUACAGAAUUCUUGCGAGAGUUCCAAGAUUUAUAAAACUCCGAUCGAUUCAAUUUUAUAUUUUAAUUAGAUUAGAAACCUACAAGUGCUACAUGUGCCACGGAGAAAAGAUAUUUUUGUUGAAGAAACUUGGUGUGUGCCAUCAGAAAUGGGAAACUCAAUUAUCUCCUUUGAUUGUGACAAUACAUAUAGAAAUAUUUCAGAUCCAUCCUUCACGAAUUAAUCUGAAAUGUUUUCCUUUUUCACAAUCAUCGCGAUCGAAGGAAAUAAACGUUUCGAUAAUUCAGUUUUCUGAUGGGACAUUCUGUAUAUAUAGCGACGUCGCGAACGUAAAUACGAGACGACGUUGGCAUUUGACUUUUUAGUUAUACAUGUGCGCGCGUGUAUGUAUAUAUCGCAUCCUUAGCAGAACUUCAAUAUUUCCAUAUUUUUAAUUAAUGAUUAGCCGACGCGUUGUAUAUACUUUAAUUGAGAUACGAGAGACAUUCCUCGAUUAAGGCAGAAAUAUUUAAUUUUGCAGCACUAGCAGGAUCGUUAUAACUGAACUGUUGUAUAAUUACGAGAGUUUAAGAGAGAGAGAGAGAAAAGAAGAUAAAUACUAAAUAUAUCCCGAGA